AUGGGCACCCUCCCCACCAAACCUGAAUCCAGCCAACACUCGCUGUCCGAGUUUGAUACCCCUUACAGCAGGAUUCGAUUGUGGACGCUUCCCGCUUCGAUUCUUGCUGGCGCGAUCAUUGUCAGUAUCUUUGAGCCGAUGAUGUUGUUGAUCGCGAUGGUCGCACUGAUCUGGCUCACGAUGAUCCAUCGGACCUACGCGCGUUCGCUCGAUGAGCAUCGACGACGCAACACACAAGCCCGAGCGUCGGUUGAUCUUGCAAAGCAAUCCAUGAGCCGUCUCCGCUCGAUUCUCGAUUCUGCGGAUGUCCCUGUGAUCGCAACGGACAACAACGGCACCAUUGUCCAGGUCAAUAGAGCUGCGAGAUCAAUCCUCGGAUCAGGACGACAACUGCAAGGUGAACUCUUCGACACACUGAUCACUCAGCACGCUGUGUGCGAACUCGAACUGCUCGCGCGACAAGGCGAAGCGGGUCAUGCUCGGCUUGAACUCCCUGUAGGGAUGGAUAUCCGGAUCUUCGAUGUAGCCGCUGAUCCGAUCCAGAGCACAGGGGGCGCCGUGUGUACCUUCACUGAUAUCACUGAACUCACACGCUCGGUUACACUCAAAGCGGACUUCGCGGCGAAUGCCAGUCAUGAACUGCGCACACCGAUCGCAUCGAUUCUUGGAGCCGUCGAUACGCUCGAUGGUCCUGCACAGAAUGAUCCGGAGAUGACACGCAAGCUCGUCGGGAUGAUCUCUGAGAACGCGACACGGCUUGACUUGAUGGUCAAGGACCUGCUCGAUCUGUCUAAACUGGAAACCCCCUCUGUAGCACUCGUGGUAUCAGAGGUUCAUCUACGCGACUUGAUCACCACAAUCUCCUCGCCGUUCCAACCAAUCUGUGAACGCCGGGAUCUUGAGAUUGUGACCAAGAUCGAUGAAGAAGCGCUAUCUAUCUAUACAGACGAAUCGCUGAUCGGAUUGAUCCUGCGGAAUCUCAUCGAGAACGCGACCAAGUUUGCAAACGAAGGGACCAAGAUCACGAUCCGAGCGGAAGCCGUGAAAAUAUCGGUGGAUCCAACGAAUCCGGCUCCAAGCGAUCUCAAACACGAGUUGGGUGUGCGUAUCAGUGUCAAGGAUCAGGGAAUCGGGAUCCCGCUGGCGCAUCAGAAUCGCAUCUUCGAGCGGUUUUACCAGGUUGAUGAAGCACGCACAGGGUCCUCGGCUCGCAGAGGGACAGGCCUGGGACUCGCGAUCGUCAAGCACUCAGCACGGAUCCUCGGCGGCACGAUCCGCGUCAGCAGCAUCCCUCAGCAAGGAACCACAAUGAUCGUGGAACUGCCCGAUACCAAGGGCAUGGGUUCGGUAGCAGACCCAACGACCAAUAUGGCCAAAGACUCUACAAAAUCUCAAUCCAAGUCCUCGAGCCGAUCCCAAGCUCGCACUGGGACGAUCCAGCGAAGAUCCACUGUGCGCGUUGGGAACAAGCCGAUCCGUCAGCGGCUCGCGGACCUGGUCUCCUCUCCCAACUUGUUCUGGGGGACGAUCGCGAUCAUUGUGUUCACGCUUGUCGUGGGCUCGAUCACCAACUGGACACGAGGACAACUCCUCGUCUCCGUUGGUCAGGUCAUGCAGCAGACACGGACCUCGCGUGUUGAGUUCAAUACGGAAGAUGUCCAGCAGACACAGAUGCAGAAGCAAGCCGCUCGGCUGAAUGUGCCUCGCAUCCACAACGCAGACUUACCUGUGCUCGAAGAGAUCCGCGCCUCGCUCGCGAACCUUCCUCGCACACUCGGAGGCGUUGCAAGCCUUGACGAGGUUGACCGCGACAUCCGCGUUCGUUUUGGACUGACUGAAGAAUCCUUCAACACGCUCCGCGAGACCGCUUCACAAGAGGCAAGUCUGCAGCUCUGGAUCGAUCAUGUGAACUCGCUCGACGAAAUCCUCCGCCGGCGUCCUCUUCUGGAUCGUCAGACUUGGCAGCGCGCCACACAAGAAGGACUCAACACGCAGAUUGAGCUGCGCUUUGGUGCUGCAGAAGAAGGCAUCCAACCGCCAUCGCGGAUCAGCCGUGUGGAUGUGAUCAACAUUGAUAACACGGAACAGUUCAAGACCGAGAUCGACCGGAUGGUCCGCAUCGCGGGGUUUGUCGAUCCGGUACACACUGUGGUUGUCAAUCGACUCGGACACGAGACACGACCAACCUUUGCGUUCGAUCAGUCCGCGACCUCAGCAACGCAGGAAGCCGCGGCGGGUCGUGUACAGCCGGUCCGUCGUUCGAUCACUGUCGGACAACGCAUCUUCGCACGAGGCGAUGUACUCGAACAAGCCGCGUAUGAACUCGCGAAGACCGAGAUCGAGCAGUUUGCCAAACAAGGGUCCACACCUCGACGCGUGCUCAAGUUCCUCUCCAUCUAUGGGAUGGUCGGGAUGCUCGGGAUCAUCCUCGCGGGAUACAUCUCGAUGUACUGCCCGCGGAUCGCGACAAGACCUGCUCGGACUGGAUGGCUCACAAGCAUCGUCUGCGCCUGUGUGUUCUUUGCGUGCGUGCUCAGUGUCUUUGACCCCAGACUUAUGUGGCUCGCGUCCAUCACCCCUGUGGUGCUCGUCGCGAUCCUGAUCUGCAUCGCGUACGACCAACGCACAGCCCUCGCAGUCUGCGGCAUCUGCGCCAUCCUCGUCGGACUCGCGCUCAAAAUGCAUACCGGGAUGUUUGUGCUCAUGCUGAUCGGAUCCGCCGGCGCAAUCGCACAACUCAGCGAGAUCCGUGAUCGACGCACGAUCAUCCGCAUGUCGAUUGUUAUCGCGGCGAUCCUCGCUGUGGUCGCUCUGUUCGACCAGUUCAUUGUGCUCCCGACUGUUGGUGUUGGUGGUUCGCAAAUACUCCAGCCCCUCGCUGGAGCCGCGGCUCAAGCGGGGAUCUCAGGGCUGCUCGCGGGCGGGAUCGCUUUAUUCAUUCUGCCAUUCAUCGAGCGUGCGUUUGAUAUCUCUACAGGGAUGACGCUCAUCGAGUUGCGUGAUCCGAAACAACCGUUGCUCAGAGAGCUUCAGCAGCGUGCGCCAGGGACAUACAACCACUCGCUUAAUGUCGCUUCGAUCGCGGAGAGCGCCGCGGAGUCCAUCGGCGCCGAUGCGCUGCUGACCUAUGUAGGAUGUUUGUACCACGACAUCGGGAAGAUGAAUAAGCCGGGUUACUUCAUCGAGAAUCAAUCAGGUGGUCCCAACAAGCACGACAAGCUCAAUCCCGCGAUGUCGCUGCUCGUCAUCGUCGGACACGUCAAAGACGGCGUUGAGAUGGCGCGCGAGAACGGUCUCCCCAAAUCACUCCAUCACUUUAUCGAUGCGCACCACGGCACGACGCUCGUCGAGUAUUUCUACCGCCGUGCGAAGGAACAAGCGGCGCAGUCCGAUGAAGUCCGCACUGUUGAACAGAUCAUGAGCGACAACGCGGAGGAUCAACUCCCUGAGGAAGUGGAUUACCGCUAUCCGGGACCGAGACCCCAAACGAAAGAAGUCGCGAUCGUGAUGCUCGCUGACGCCGUCGAGAGCGCGACUCGCACACUCACUGAGCCGACUUCAUCGCGCAUCGAUGCGCUUGUACGGAACCUUGCGAACAAGCGAUUGAUGGAUGGGCAGUUCGAUGAGUGCAACCUGACAUUCUGCGAGCUCAAAACCAUCUGCGAUUCGAUUUCCAAGACCGUCGCGAGCAUCUAUCACGGGCGUAUCCGCUACUCGUCUGACGCUGAGGAGAGCAAGGCAUCGAGCAAGAAGAAAGAUGCUGAGAACUCAUCCAAUCAACAAGACGACGAGCAGAGUGAUAAACAAUCAGACAAGUCCGCGUGA